CAUCACCUAACCCAUUCAUCCUAGAGGAUGCAGUACAUUGUGAUAGAACAUAGAUAUGAGGCCACACUAACCUCAUAUUUUGCCCUCUUACCACAAACACAAGUUUGUGUUAUGGCAUUAACACAAAUGGUAAAGACUGGCAACACAAGAAGAUAAUCCCCCAGGAGACAGACAAGUAAUCGUUAGGUGCAGGACUACAUGCGGCUUUGACUUAAACCACAUAUUACAUGUUCACAGUCACUAGUGACUUAGUUGAGUAGGGCUGCACAUUCAAAUGCACCAGCUAACCACCAUACCAAAGUAAAUAUGUAGUAAUAAUAUAUGGUGGGUGAGUAAUUAUUAUAUUUAUUAGACACGUGGCCAUUUUCAUCACACUUUAUGUGUUUGAUUGUGAAACUUUCCUGUUUAAUGUCCAGUCGUCGAUCCGCAUCCCCGCAGCCGCGAGCGUUUUUAGCGUCACGCAUUGAUCCCAGCGGUUAUGUGGCUUUCUUUUUUUUUUUUUUUUUUUUUUUUUUUGGAGCGAGCGAUCGAUGCAAUUGGGCGAAGUGAGCUAGCCCAUUAGACGGAACGGGCAGGCCCCCGCCGGUCACGUGAUCCGGGGAGCAGCGACGUCAUUAGGGCAGAGAUUUGUGAAGAAUAAGGAGACAGACGGCAGGAGCCCCGGAGGUGAAGCACUUUUCUUGGCACUUCCAUCGUCCCUCUUGCCGAUUUCCUCUUUUUUUCUCUGGCCACAGCGAGAACAGAGUAUCUGUUCGACAUUUCUGAGACCCAAAUGCCCGGUCCCACCCAAGCCCUUUCCCCAAAUGGAGAGAACAACAACGACAUCGUGCAGGACAACGGAACCAACAUCAUUCCUUACAGGAAAAAUACAGUGCGUGGAGAGCGCGCCUACAGUUGGGGGAUGGCGGUCAACGUAUAUUCUACCUCAAUCACCCAGGAGACUAUGAGCAGGCAUGACAUCACUGCCUGGGUUAAUGACAUUCUCUGCCUAAACUACACGAAAGUGGAGCAGCUUUCUUCAGGAGCGGCCUAUUGCCAGUUCAUGGAUCUGCUCUUCCCUGGCUGCAUUAGUCUUAAGAAGGUCAAGUUUCAAGCUAAACUGGAACAUGAGUACAUUCACAAUUUCAAACUGUUGCAGGCGUCCUUCAAAAGGAUGAAUGUGGACAAGAUUAUUCCUGUGGAAAAGCUGGUUAAAGGAAGGUUUCAGGACAACCUUGAUUUCAUACAGUGGUUUAAGAAGUUCUUUGAUGCCAAUUACGAUGGGAAGGAGUAUGACCCAGUUGCAGCCAGACAGGGUCAGGAUGCCAUUCCCCCCCCUGACCCCGGUGAGCAGAUCUUCAAUUUGCCAAAGAAGUCCCACCACGCAGCCAGCUCCCCUACUGCAGGCGCGUCAAGGUCAAGCUCUACAACCCCAAAGUCCUCCACACCAACAUCCAGACCCUCAUCGGCCAAAAAGAUUCCUGUAGCUGCAUCGGCUCCUGCAAAGGGAGAGAAAGAGCUCGAGGCACAGGUCACACAUCUCACCGAGGAGGUGAACACAUUAAAGGUGGCGCUGGAAGGGGUGGAGAAGGAGAGGGAUUACUACUUCAGCAAGCUGCGAGAGGUGGAGCUGCUGUGCCAGGAACAGGGUGAAGAAAACGCCCCAUUCGUUGAUCGGUUAAUGGAGGUGCUUUAUGCCACAGACGAUCAGGACAGAGCCGAGCUUGGCGACGGUGACGGACAGGAAGUGGACCAGGAAGCCCACGAAGAGGCAGCAGAUGAUCAGCAGGAGGAGCAGGACGAAUACUGACUGCCGCCAUCCUUCACUGCAGUCACACCCGUCUUUUUAAUAUGUGAGAACUGUUAAAGGAUUUACAUUUUUUUCCUCAUGUUUUUUUUUUUUGUUCUCUCCAAGAUUGAGCACAGGAAGCAAACUCCAGAAUAGAAGCACCAUCUUUUUUUCCUUCUGCUUACUGUUUGAUGUUUGUGAUUUUUUGGUGAACUGCUGUGGGAGGUUUGUGGUGACGACCUCCACCAGCAGACAGGCUCCAACCGUCACAGGAGGUUCCACAGACUGUGGCCGUGAAAAGUCAAUUCAGAUCCUAAAGUAGGUGUGAUGAAAUGCUGAAGUUUCUACAGGUAACACUUACCUGUCAGUGCAAGUAUUAUUUUCCCAGCUUCAGUCUUUAUUUUAGUUUGUUUUUACAUAUCAACAAUAUUAAAAUCAAAAGGAUGCAAUAAGCAACCCCCUGAAAGGGCUCUAAGUAGCUCUUAUUUCCCCCCCUCUCACAUGUUGCACUGACAUUUGACUCUGUUUGGACAAUCUGUCCAUAGACCCUCACCAUAUUUAUUGUUGUUAUUUUUUUUUAUUAUUAAGCCUUAGUGUUACCCAUGCCUCUGUGUGUGUACUGCUCGGUUUCUCACCUCAGGUCGCCCCUCCCUUGCUCCACACCUGAAUGCAUUCAGUGCUCAGCUGGAGGGAAAAGAGAAUAAAAAGUGCUGGUAGAACAGAGAUGGGCGGCUGCAAACUAUUUUAUUCUCCUCUUUAGAGCUGUACUACCAGAUCAUUUACGCCUCAUCACCGAGCAAAGCACCUUUAGUCAACAGAUUAACUCGGACUCCUUUUUUACCUGCUUAGACACAGGGAGACCAAAAUGCAGCAGGUCCAACAAAUAAAUGUUAUUUUUUGCGUUUGUUUAUUUAGGAUAAUUAUUACUUUUUUUCAUUCUGUAUUUAUUUGCAUUUUAAUUGUGAAUAUUGGGCUACAGUAAAAAACCCAAUUGACGUGUUUAUGUAAAGAUUGAAUUAUCCUCAGACCUUGCUUUGAGUUGCUUUUAUCUGCAGAGCUCCACAUUACGAAUUACUUUUCUUUUUUUACGCAUAAACUUCUUAUUAAAAAAAAAAACUACACCUAAACAAACUAGCCAAUAACUAGACUACUGGCAGGCUGUGUUCAGGUGUGCCACACAUGGAGGGGAGAGACCUGAAGUGUGGGAAAGAUCAGGACAAACGCAGGGAGGCAUACGUAACGGUUAAGAAUAGUGUAAGAGUCUGAAUCGAUCCUCAUGAAGGAGGACAGUACAGUUGCUGAAUUGUGAAUAAAAUGUAGUUUAAUACCAACAUAUGACUGUUUGACAAAAUGAUGAUAUUUCAGAUAAUCAGUGUGCUCAGCAGUGUGUUUUUCACACCACACAAGGUGGUUUCGUAGUUUACUUGCUAUGCCAUAAACCUAGGGAAGGAAGAAGCAUUGUCGUGAACUUGUCUUACUAUAAAUGCAGCAUUUUCAACGUUUAAAGCUGAGCUGGAACUUGUCUGUCCUGGUUUUCUUUUUAAACCACAGGUCUUAGGAAGCUGAGUUGGUUCACUGAGUAAUUUGCCAUACUAUAUUCCAGUAAGUACAUUGUAUACCCUUUCUUAAUAUUGCAUUUACUUCUACUAAAAUGGGCAGUGCACCAUUAUGCUUUAGUCAUAUUAUUGUGUAAAUGAAAAAGAAUGUAAACAUGUACUGUCAACAAUUAAUGAAUGGUAAAUGUUUUUUUUUCAUGUUCCACUUAUGCAUUCCCCAAAAAACGUGUUGCAUGUUGGCAUUUUAUUUGUGAAUAACUUGACCUGCUUUUUACAUAUUUAAUAAAAAAAACAAGUACAUUACCUGAGCUUUUGUAUGUUUAACCUGCUAUUCGAACGAUGUUGAGAUAUGGAUGGAUUUGCUGUAAUAAAAUUACGUUUUGAGCUGA